UUGUGAGGUAUUUCACUCCUUUUCUUUACAGAUAUAAUAUGCCCAAUUAUUUGUUUCAUCCUUUUUGAUCGUCUGGUCAACAUACUAUUAGAGGUCCUAAAUAUCAUAAUGUUUUUUUUUUUGUUUUCCAAAUCUGUUAAUAUUUUCCUGUUCAAAUGUUGAAUUAGUUAACAUUAUAUACACUUCUGCUCAACAUUCAUAUUGGUAUCAAAUGUUCUCAGUUUGUUCAGUAGCAAUGGUUUCUCAAUGUAUCAGGUUGUUUAUAAUCCUUGUUUGUUACAUUUUUUCUCCAUUUAUGGUCCUUCCUGCAAUGCCCACGUCGGAGAUUGAAAUUGAGGCAUUGAAGACUUUCAAGAAUUCCAUCACAGAUGACCCAUUUGGGGCACUUGCAGAUUGGACUGACACAAACCAUCACUGUAACUGGUCUGGCAUUGCUUGUGAUCCUUCCUCAAAUCAUGUCAUUUCUAUAUCCCUAGUCGGUAAGAAUCUUCUAGGUAACAUCUCCCCAUUCCUUGGAAACAUUACCAGCCUCCAGGUUCUUGAUUUAACUUUGAACUCUUUUACGGAGCACAUCCCAACUCAGUUGGGGCGUUGCUCUCAACUUUUACAGCUAACCCUCUAUGAGAAUUCUCUUUUUGGUCCCAUCCCACUUGAAUUAGGAAACCUUGGAAAUCUGCAAUCCUUGGAUUUAAGCAAUAAUCUCUUAAAUGGAAGCAUUCCUGAAAGCAUUUGCAACUGCACAUCCUUGAGAAUGCUUGACGCCAGUGACAAUAGACUCAGUGGCGCAAUCCCAAUUGGCAUUACAAAUUUGGCUAAUCUCCUAUCUUUAGACCUAAGUAGAAACAUAUUAUCGGGGAACAUCCCUUGGGAAAUUGGGAAUCUAUCAAAUUUAGAGUUUCUUCUGUUGUCUGAGAAUAAGCUCACCGGUAAAUUUCCAUCUGAGCUAGUUCAUUGUAAGAAGCUAGUCACUCUAAACAUGUAUUCCAAUUUCAUCACUGGGAUUAUUCCAUCAACUAUCUGUUCACUUCAAAAUUUGAAGAACCUAUCCCUGGGUUACAACUAUCUUGAGGGAUCCGUUCCCUCUUGUCUUUCCAAUUGUACCCAUCUUAUCCAGAUUGAUUUUGGUGUUAACAGAAUGAUUGGGAAAAUUCCUCAAGAUUUAGGGAAGCUGCAGAACUUGGCAUUCCUUAUUCUUGCGGAGAAUAACAUGUCAGGGGAUAUUCCAGACAACCUUUUUAACUGUUCAAGUCUAUACAAACUUGAUUUAUCUGCAAAUGAUUUCAAAGGAAUGCUGAGACCAGGUUUGGGCAAACUCUACAAUCUGUAUUUUUUAAGGGUCCACAGAAAUUCAUUGGCAGGGCCAAUUCCAAGGGAGAUUGGCAAUCUAAGUCAAUUGAUCUGCUUAGAUCUUGCUACAAAUAACUUUUCAGGUCUAGUUCCUCCUGAAUUAUCAAAACUUUCUCUCCUUCAAGCUGUUUGUUUGCAUGAUAACAUGCUAGAAGGCGCAAUUCCUGAGAAGUUGUUUGGGCUAACACAUUUGACUUAUCUAGCGCUGCAAAAUAACAUGUUCAAAGGUGCCAUUCCAGAUGCAUUCUCUAAUCUUAAGGUGCUUUCAAACUUAUAUCUCAAUGAAAACAUGCUUAAUGGGUCCAUCCCAAAAAGUAUGGCAUAUCUUAGUGGACUGAUGGCAUUGGAUCUUUCUCACAACCUUCUCGCAGGAUCUAUUCCUGGAUCUGUGAUUGUGGGUAUGAGAAGCAUGCAGUUAUACUUGAACUUCUCAUACAACCAUUUAACUGGAGCCAUUCCAGAUGAGCUUGGUAUGUUGGAAAUGGUACAAACCAUUGACAUCUCAAACAAUAAACUUUCAGGAAGCUUUCCUGAAACAGUUGGAGAUUAUAAAAAUCUGUUCUCACUUGAUCUAUCUGCCAACGAACUUUCUGGUGAAAUCCAAGACACAGUUUUUACAAAAAUGGUUUUGCUUACUAGCUUGAACCUUUCAAGGAAUUUGUUCAAUUGUGGACUUCCUAAAACUUUGGGGAAUCUGAAGCACCUUGUUUCCCUUGACCUUUCUCAAAACAGGUUCAAUGGCAUAAUUCCUGAAAGCUUUGGUCGUCUCCCCUUCUUGAAAAUUUUGAACCUUUCUUUCAAUCAACUUGAAGGACCUAUUCCAAAUACUAGCAUAUUUAGAAAUAGCACCACAUCCUAUUUAGAUGGAAACUUGGCUCUUUGUGGAGCUAAAUUUCUGAAAUAUUGCAGAAAUCAGAAUGCUCCACAUAGUUUCCUCAAGAAAACUGUAAUAAUUCUCAUAGCAUUUGGGUUGGUUUUUGUGUUUGUUGUUUCCAUACUCAUUGGAUACAUUAAGAUGCAUGAAAAAGAAGGGGCUAGGAAUCCAGAACCGGAGUAUAUUUCAACAUUAGCACUUCAGAGAUUUGACCAAAGGGAUUUAGAAAUGGCUACAAAUUUAUUCAGUGAAGAUAACAUCCUUGGUGCUAGCAAUUUGAGCACAGUAUAUAAAGGCAAGUUAGAAAAUGGGCAGAUUAUAGCUGUUAAAAAAUUGAAUUUGCAUCAAUUCUCGUCAAAGUACUUCAACAGAGAGAUCAAUACCCUGAGCCAGUUGAAGCACAGAAAUCUAGUCAAGGUACUUGGUUAUGCUUGGGAGAGUGGAAAGCUAAAGGCUCUAGUUCUAGAAUACAUGGAGAAGGGAAACUUGGAGAGUAUUAUCCAUGAGCCUUGCAUGGGUCAUUCAAGGUGGACACUGUUAGAGAGAAUCAAUGUUUUUGCUUCUAUUGCAAGUGCCUUGGAUUACUUGCAUUCAGGUUAUCAUGUCCCAAUAGUUCACUGUGACCUAAAGCCUUCUAAUAUUCUGUUUGAUGAAGAUUGGGAGGUCCAUGUGAGUGAUUUUGGAACAGCUCAAACUAUCAGUGUUCACCUACAAAAUGGAAGUACUGUUUCCUCAGGGUUUGAAUUUGAAGGCACUAUAGGCUACCUUGCGCCAGGUAACAUUUCACGGGCCAUAGCUAAUUGUCUUUCCAACACUUCAUUUUUCUCUGUUGAAAAUGUUUUUGCAUAAAAUACUUUUCUAUGUUUUUAAGUUGUUAGGUAAACACCAAAGAAAAUGAUAUACUACGAAGCUAUGAAUUAAUUAUGUGUUAUAGAUAUUUGUCUUAUGUUUAUGAAGUUAUAGAUUCGUUAGUGAAUACAUAAUAUUAUCUUGUAUUAUCAUUAGUUUUACUAUUUAAUUAAUACUUUUAUAGAAAUACUUUAGGAAAAUAAAGAAGUGCACAUGAAAGUUUCCCCCAAUUUUAUGUCAACGUUUAAUUUCCUUAAAGGCCCUCACUAUAUGUAUUAUAUAUAUAUAUAUAUAUACAAUAAUUCAAAUUGUAAUAAAAAAUUUAUUUAGUUAAGUUGUGAAAGUGGAAAAUAUAUAAAUAUAUAGAAGUAAAACCAACUAUAUCAACACACAUAACGUGUGUACGGUUGCUAGUAUAUGGUUAAGUUAAUGGAACCUAGAAAAAAAAAAUUUUAUUUCAUAAUCUAAGCCUACACGUAAUUUUGACUAACAUAUAUUUUUUAACUAACUAUAACUACAAAUAUUUCUUUAUGUGUACCAAA